AUGCGUGCGUAUCAACUUAUUAUAUUGGCAGCCGUUUGCGCCGCCGUGAGUGCCGGCUACAUAGGCUAUUCGGGUUAUGGUGGAUACGCAGGAUAUGAUGCAGGAAAUGGCGGAUAUAACGGACACUCCGACUACUAUUCACAUCCAAAAUAUGCAUUCGAUUACUCUGUAAAGGAUCCGCACACUGGUGACUUUAAAAGCCAAUGGGAGACCAGAGACGGUGACGUCGUAAAAGGAUCAUACUCACUUGCGGAACCUGAUGGUACCACCCGCAUCGUCGAGUAUACCGCUGACAAGCACAAUGGAUUCAACGCAGUCGUAAAACGCAUCGGUCACGCACACCACCCGCAAGUCUACAACAAUUAUGAUAGUUAUCACGGUUACCACUAG